AAUCCCCUCCUACUCCCGCUCCCGCUAAAUGCUGCCGAACUUCACAGGCAGCUGUCACACUUCAGCCACUGCACCUACAGAAGAAGACCUGUCACCGUCAGAAGCUGCAAAGUUCAGACUCGGGGACAAAAGCGCACAGGUUCCUCUGGUUUUCCCUUGGAGUGGGCUCAAAAUGGCAGACUCUAAGAUGGAAGGACCCAAGCUGAACAUCCUGCUCGUGGGCAAAACUGGAAGUGGGAAGAGUGCGACAGGGAACACCAUCCUUGGGAAGAAAGCAUUUAAAUCUGAGCUGACAGCAGCUUCAGUGACCAAGAGCUACAGUGCAGACACUGCCUCAUUCCGUGGAAGAGACAUUGCCGUUAUCGACACUCCUGGCCUUUUUGACACCAAGAGAGCCAAUAAGGAAACAGCUGAACUGAUUUUAAAUGCUCUUCGUCACUUCUAUGGAGGGGUGCAUGCUAUCAUCCUGGUGAUGCAACUGGCCCACAUCAGUAAAGAAGAGGUGGAAAUGGCUGAGUGGGUGACAAAGAUUUUCCAUACUGAAGCACAGAAGUACAUGAUCCUGUUAUUCACCCGAGCAGAAGAAUUUCGGAGUCCAGAUGAUAUCCACGAUUUCGUGAAAAGUGAAACAAACCUCAGUGGCAUUGCAGAAAAAUGUGAAAAUAGGUACAUUGCUUUCAGCAACAUAGCAGCAGAGCAGAGAAGGAAACAGCAGGUUGCAGACCUCAUUAAAAUGAUUGAUGCGAUGGUAGAGAAGAACAAAGAUGCUCCGUGCUACACGCGAGAAAUGCUGGAGGAACAUACACGGACGUUUUUUGGAAAGCAUUGUACUAUACUUGUGACAAUGGCCAUCCGUCGUGUCUACAUGCAGCCCGGGGUAGACGGGGACUUGGAGAUGAGGCUGAUCCUGGCCGGGAAGGCUGGUGGGGGGAAAAGCGCCACGGGGAACACCCUCCUUGGGAAGCGUGUCUUUGAGUCCAAGCUGUCCACCCAGCCAGUGACCGUGAGAUGUGCGAGUACACAGGGGCACUGGGAUGGCGGGGACUUCACGGUGGUUGACACGGCCGAUAUUUUCAACCCCGGAGGUGUCAGCAGUGAGGUGCGCCAAGAAAUUAUCCGCUGCAUCAGGCUGUCCUCCCCGGGCCCCCACGCGCUGCUGCUGGUGACCCAGCUGGGCCGAUUCACCAAGGAGGACGAGGAGGCCGCAGAGAGACUGCAGGACAUCUUUGGAGCUGAUGUUUUGCAGCACACAAUUGUCAUAUUCACCCGUGCGGAAGAGCUGGGGGAGAGAUCUCUGCACGACUACGUGUCCUGUACUGACAACAAAGCUCUCCGCGAGCUGAUUGAGAGAUGCGGGAACAGGUACUGCGGCUUCAACAACCGGGCAGCUGGAGCCAAACGGGACCACCAGGUCAUGGAGCUGAUGGGGAUGGUCCGCUGCAUGGUGCGGGUGAAUGGGGACAGGUACUACAGCAAUGAGAUGUACCUGGAGCCCAAUUUAACAGAAGAGAAGGUGGCAUAUCACAUGGCGAGAAACUUCACAGGCAGCUGCCACACUUCAGCCACUGCACCUACAGAAGAAGACCUGUCACAGUCAGAAGCUGUAAAGUUCAGACUCGGGGACAAAAGCGCACAGGUGCCUCUGGUUUUCCCUCGGAGUGGGCUCAAAAUGGCAGACUCUAAGAUGAAAGGACCCAAGCUGAACAUCCUGCUCGUGGGCAAAACUGGAAGUGGGAAGAGUGCAACAGGGAACACCAUCCUUGGGAAGAAAGCAUUUGAAUCUAUGGUGUCACCAGAUUCAGUGACCAAGAGCUACAGUUCAGACACUGCCUCAUUCCGUGGAAGAGACAUUGCCGUUAUCGACACUCCUGGCCUUUUUGACACCCAGAGAGCCAAUAAGGAAACAGCUGAACUGAUUGGAAAUGCUCUUCGUCACUUCUAUGGAGGGGUGCAUGCUAUCAUCCUGGUGAUGCAACUGGCCCACAUCAGUAAAGAAGAGGUGGAAGUGGCUGAGUGGGUGACAAAGAUUUUCCAUACUGAAGCACAGAAGUACACGAUCCUGUUAUUCACCCGAGCAGAAGAACUUGGGAGUCCAGAUGAUAUCCGCGAUUUCGUGGAAAAAAGCACGUACCUCAGUGGGAUGGCAGAAAAAUGUGAAAAUAGGUACAUUGCUUUCAGCAACAUAGCAGCAGAGCAGACAAGGAAACAGCAGGUUGCAGACCUCAUUAAAAUGAUUGAUGCGAUGGUAGAGAAGAACAAAGAUGCUCCGUGUUACACGCGAGAAAUGCUGGAGAAAGACACACGGACAGCUUUUGAAAAGUAUUGUACCAUACUCUAGCCAACAAGGCUUUGGUCAGACGGGCGAUGUUUCCUCUCUUGUGCCUUUCCUGCCGUGCUCUGAAGAUCACUCUCUCCUUCCUCUCCUGACGUUUCCUCCUGUCCCGUCAGUGACCUACCUUUUCCCCUGGCCCGUGCCAUUGCUCUCCUGACAGGCUGUGAGAGUGCAAUGGGUGUCUGGCGACGUGUAAUUCUCCUCUGCUGCUCUGUUGUGCUGGGAAGCCGGAGACCUUGGCUGGGUGGCAGAGAGCUGCACUGCCCUGCUGCAGCACCACUGCGCUGACUCUCUCCUCCCUGGUCUGAAGACACGGCAAGCUGAAAGCAAUGGGAACAUAAGGACUGUGAGAUGUGCCCCCUCAGACCAGAGAUCAGCCUGGAGCGCUGCUUCCGAGAUCAAAGCCUCUUGUCGUCCCCGUGGCAGCCAGGGCUCUAGGAACUUCUCCGGGCUUCGGGAGGGUUCGUGGUGCCAGCCUUGGUCCCUCUGCAGUGGGAUGCUGCUGGUGUCACUGGCUGUGCUGCCCCUGCCUUCACUGGGCAAUGCGAGUAAUUGUAUGUGAUCGCUGGGUCUACAGAAACUCAUCUAAUAAAUGCCCAUAAAUGCCCAUAAA